UUGUAGUUCAACCAUUCAACAUGUUCUCUAAAAUCGUUGUUCUGAGUGCCGUGCUCGCCGUCUCCUUGGCUGGAGUCGUGCCUGUAGCCUACUCCCCUGCUGCCGCCGUCUCUUCCCAGAGCAUCGUCCGCCACGACCAGCCCGCCACUAAGUUGGUCGCUGCUGCCCCCUCUGUCUCCUACCACGCUCCCGCUGUCGCCCUCCACGCUGCCCCCGCCGUCGCUGUCCAUGCCCCUGUCCACUACUCUGACGCCAACGCUGUCUCUUCCCAAAGCAUUGUUCGUCACGACCAAACCAAGCUGGUUGCCCCAGUCGCCAAGCUUGCCGUGUCAGCCCCCGUUGCGUACACCUCCCACUAUGAGCCUGCGCAGUACGCAGCCACCCCCGUCCAUUACGCCGCCCCUGUUGCCAAGGUGAUCGCCCCCGCCCCUAAAGUCCUUGUCGCCGCCCACCAAGAAGAGGAAUAUGCUCACCCCAAAUACGAGUUCUCCUACUCCGUGGCCGACGGACACUCCGGCGACAACAAGUCUCAGCACGAGGCUCGUGACGGCGACGCCGUACAUGGCGAGUACAGUCUCCUGGAGGCCGAUGGCUCCGUGCGCACCGUGCAGUACUCCGCUGAUGACCACAGCGGCUUCAACGCCGUCGUCUCUCACUCCGCCCCUGCCCAGAAAGCCGUCCUCUUGGCUCACCAUUAACUAGUCAAUCGUUAUAAAUUUAGAUAGUAUAUUAUUUAUUGAAAAUAUAUAACGCAAUCAAACAAUA